GCUGCGCGUUGCUGGGCAGAAGCCGACGCCUCCGGCUCGCUACUCCUGGACCCCGCCCUCCCCGCGCAGGGCAGUGGGCCUGGACCCCGGGUCACUGGAGGGCUGUCCCAGGCCACCAUGGGCUCGGAGAUGGAGCCUCUGCUCCGGGCCUGGAGCUAUUUUAGACGCAGGAAGUUCCAGCUCUGCGCCGAUCUAUGCACGCAGAUGCUGGAGAAGUCCCCUUAUGACCAGGCAGCUUGGAUUUUGAAAGCACGAGCACUGACUGAAAUGGUGUACAUAGAUGAAAUCGAUGUGGAUCAGGAAGGGAUUGCGGAAAUGAUUCUGGAUGAAAAUGCGAUUGCCCAAGUCCCGCGCCCUGGCACAUCUCUGAAGCUCCCUGGAACUAACCAGACCGGAGGACCAAGUCAAGCUGUCAGGCCAAUCACUCAAGCUGGAAGACCUAUUACAGGUUUCCUUAGGCCCAGCACACAGACUGGAAGGCCGGGUACAAUGGAACAGGCCAUCAGAACACCCAGAACUGCUUACACAGCACGACCUGUCACUAGCUCAUCCGGAAGAUUCGUCAGAUUAGGGACGGCUUCCAUGCUUACAAGUCCUGAAGGACCAUUUAUAAAUUUAUCUAGACUGAAUUUAACAAAAUAUUCCCAGAAACCUAAGUUGGCAAAGGCUUUAUUUGAAUAUAUUUUUCACCAUGAAAAUGAUGUUAAGAUGGCUUUGGAUUUGGCGUCCCUGUCCACAGAGCAUUCUCAGUACAAGGACUGGUGGUGGAAAGUGCAGAUCGGAAAGUGUUACUACAGGUUAGGAAUGUACCGCGAAGCAGAGAAGCAGUUUAAGUCAGCCCUGAAGCAGCAGGAAAUGGUAGACACAUUUCUCUAUCUGGCGAAAGUUUAUAUCAUACUGGACCAACCCAUGACUGCUUUAAAUCUAUUCAAACAAGGCUUAGAUAAGUUUCCAGGAGAAGUGACCCUGCUUUGUGGAAUUGCCAGGAUCUAUGAGGAAAUGAACAAUAGUUCAUCUGCAUCAGAAUACUACAAAGAAGUUCUGAAACAAGACAACACUCACGUGGAAGCCAUCGCCUGCAUUGGAAGCAACCACUUUUAUUCUGACCAGCCAGAAGUUGCACUCCGGUUUUACAGACGCCUCUUGCAGAUGGGAGUUUAUAACUGCCAGCUUUUCAACAACCUGGGGCUGUGUUGCUUCUAUGCCCAGCAGUAUGACAUGACUCUGACCUCAUUUGAACGUGCCCUUUCCCUGGCUGAAAAUGAAGAAGAGGCAGCUGAUGUCUGGUACAACCUGGGGCACAUUGCUGUGGGAAUAGGAGAUACAAACUUGGCCCACCAGUGCUUCAGGCUGGCCCUGGUCCACAACAACCACCACGCAGAGGCCUACAACAACCUAGCUGUGCUGGAGAUGCGAAAGGGUCACAUUGAACAGGCAAGAGCACUCUUACAAACUGCAUCGUCGUUAGCGCCCCAUAUGUAUGAGCCACAUUUUAAUUUUGCAACAGUCUCUGAUAAGAUUGGAGAUCUUCAGAGAAGCUAUGUUGCUGCUCAGAAGUCUGAGGCGGCAUUCCCAGAGCACGUGGACACAAAGCACUUAAUUAAGCAGUUAAAGCAACACUUUGCUAUGCUCUGAUAAGUUCUUGGACAAAAUACAUCAGCAAGGAGUCAAACAUAUGUCAGUGCCCAGGAGAAAAAAUGCACUGUGCGCAUUGGUAGCAAUAGUGUGACGCAGACUUGGCAAGGUAACACAGAAGCCGGGUGAUGGUGGCACACACCUUUAAUCCCAGCACUCGGAAGACAGAGGCAGGCAGAUCUCUGAGUUCUAGAUCAACCUGGUCUACAGGAUAGCUGGAGAAAUAAACAAACAAAAAGACUGUAAGCCAGAGCCUAUCAUUAGAACUUUGUUGUUUUGUAAAGUAAUAUUUUAAAAAUAAGAUUUAAGAGUUUCCUAGUUUGGCCUUUUCAGUUAAAAAAUUUCAUUGUUGGAUACAGACAUUUUCAAACAAUUGUAUCAUGUAUAUUGGGUGCACUUUGUCCAUAUUCUCCUCCUUGUUAUUUCCCAUUGUCCCCUGGCCAGUUUCAUCUGUAUGUACAUGAUUCUUUUUUUUUUUUUUUUUGGUUUUUUUUGAGACAGGGUUUCUCUGUGUAGCUUUGGAGGCUGUCUUGGAACUCCCUUUAAAGACCAGGCUGGCCUUGAACUCUCAGAGAUCCACCUGCCUUUGUCUCCUGAGUGCUGGGAUUAAAGACAUGCACCACCACUGCCCGGCUCUGUAUGUACUUUUUUUAAGUAUCUAAGUAAGAUCUAGAAGCUACACAUUAGAGAAAACUUACAAUAUUUGUUUUUCUGUACAGAAUCAAUUUGUGUAUAUAAAAACAUUUUUUUCACUUUU